AUGUUGAUCGACGGCGAGAAGUGGGCGUGUGAAGCUUGCGUCCGGGGCCACCGAGUCAGCGGCUGCAACCACAAUGAUCGGACUCUAGUUCAUAUCAACAAAAAAGGCCGUCCAGUCUCCCAAUGUCCUCACUGUCGCGGCCUACGCAAGUCACGAACAACCCACACAAAAUGCGACUGCGGUGACAAGAAAAAAGACCAUCAUGUCACCAGUCACGCGGAAACCGGAGCAGAGAAGAGCGAGCACAAGUGUCGCUGUCUCCACGGCCAGCGCUGCUCAUGCGCUCUGAAGAAAGAACAGCACCUGGACCCCGUCCCAGAGACCGGUGUUGCUCCUACACCCUGCACUGCUCUGACCGAGAUGCGCAAACCUCGCCUGACGUCAACCAAGUCCGAAAGCACGUUGACCGUCUUCCGAGAUGGUCACCAUAAACCCAUGCAUAAACACAACGAUAUGGCCCACAAGUGCGGUCUACCUUAUACCAUCCCCCGUCACCACACCAUCCACGGAACAUCCGAGUUGGCUCAGCGAUCCGCAGAUCACUUGCCGCUCGCUACCAGCAAGAAUACAGACACAUCCCCUUGUUUCAAUCUUGAUUACGAGUCUGACGACUGGCCUUCUCAACGCCGGGUCAAAUCCGAGCAUGGCUCGCCUGUCUUUGGCGCUAUGGCUGCGCCUAGUCAGAUUAACACUCAAAUUUCCCCUCUCGAUCUGUCAUCAUAUGCUGCGUUCGACACCAAUGCCUCUUCGGAUUCAUUGAGCUCGUUCUUCCAAGAGCCCUACCAAGAUCCAUGGUUGGCGUCUCCUGAUACGGACCUUUCCACCGCUGCGGGAGCUUUCAACGCCCCGCCUGUAGAUUGGUCGAGCUUCCCGUUAUCGUCGACCGGCGUAUCAACUACUGUUAGCCAAGCUCCCUCUUACGCCAGCUUCGACUUCAACAACGUCAGCAACCCCAGCUACCCUGGACUGACCGCCUCUUCCUCGGGUGACAUCUCCGAGGUUGACGACUUUGGUCCUCUUCCUAGCUUGGGCGCAUCAAGCAAUGAUAUCCACGACUUGCAUAGUGUCAGCGACAGCUCUGAUGUUGAUCAGUACCGUGUCAGCUCCGCGUCGUCGUUUAUUGGACUGCCUCAAGCUCAGCUGCUAUCGUCGAACAACCUCGAGUCGAUCAACAUUGAUGACUUUCUCAAGUCUGCCAACGAGUCGACUGCAGCUCUCGAGCAGCAGCUCCAGGCAAGCAUGGCGAUGGAGUCCAAAGCCAUCUCGGCUCCGCAGCAAAACUUCUCGGUCUCCCAAGCCCAGUCUUACACCACUAGCGAACCCAUCUCGCCUCAGGAACUACAGAUGAGCGCGAGCCAGGUUGACUUGAAUGAGAUGUUUUGGGCUUCCAAUAUGCUCAGCGCUUCCAUCCCGACUUCCAUGCCCACGUCAACUGCUGAGGAGCCAUUCACACAGCCGCCAUGGAAUUAA